UCAUGUUCCUGUUGUCUUUCCCACCCAGGUGCUAAGGACAUGUACCGAGCCCACACUGACAUGAAGGAGGCCAACUGGAUAGGUGCAGACAAAUACUUCCAUGCUAGAGGGAACUAUGAUGCUGCCCGAAGAGGUCCCGGGGGAGUCUGGGCUGCUGAAGUCCUUAGUGAUGCAAGAGAGGGCAUUCAGAGUCUCAUAGGCCGUGGACAUGAGAAUUAUGACCAGGAAGCCAACAGAUGGGGCCGCAGUGGCAAAGAUCCCAAUAACUACAGACCCGCAGGCUGCCUAAAAAAUACUGAGCAUCCUCCCUUCAGCCUCAGGAGGCUGUGCUGUGGGCUCUGGGGACAGGACGUGGGGAUCUUCGUUUCCAUGAACACUGAAGUUGCUGGGGAACACACAGUAGGUAUCUCACCUGCACACAGACCAAGAGUCUCAAAGCCAUUAUUCUUGCAGCACUAACUACUUGCUUGAGAA